UUUUAAGGACUCUCCUCCCCCCCUCCCUAAACGGGUCACGUAGUAUGGGUUACAUUCCCUAAGAUCCUUUGCCGUAAGAACAUUUCGAUCGUCGGUCUUUUGAGGAAAAUAAUACGUUUUUAGACCGCAGAAUGUCGUGAUGGAUCCGAUGAACGUUUGGAUAUAUGUGGUCGUUUGACUUUAAUCAAGGUGACAGAUGUCUCAACGACUCAGGCUCCAGUUGUUACACCUAAAUGCGUCCUACCACCGGAGCCUCAGAAUGGCGUGUAUAGAAUUAUUAGUGAGACUAAUUCUAGCGAUGCAGAUUAUGUAUAUUUGCAGUAUGAUUGUUAUCCCGGAUUCAGACUGAUUGGGGAACCUAAGAUAUUGUGCUGGAGAGGGGUCUGGCCUAGGAUACCGUAUUGUAUACAAACUUGUCCCCUCCGUAAAGACCCCAGUAUAGAAUACCAGUGCACAGAAGAAGACCUGGAGACACCUCGUCAGUGUGAGGAGGAGGAGGUGGAAGGUGCGAUAGUAAGACCCGCGUGCAAACAGCCGCAUUACUACUCGCCAGUUGAGUUGCCCUAUAUGCAGUGCAGUCAGGGUGCUUGGAGCUCAGGACCUGUUUGUGUUGCAGAAUGUGGUACAACACCACCAAUUGUCUCCCAGUUAGUACUAGGUGGGGAGACAGCCAGGAAUGGUGAAGUACCAUGGCAUGCGGGGAUAUACGUCAAAAAUCCAUCUGUGAAUAACUACCAGCAGAUCUGUGGUGGAUCUCUUGUUAGUACUACUGUGAUACUCUCAGCCGCACAUUGUUUCUGGAAUGAGGUUACCAAACGGUUAGAGAACAAACAUAACUACGCUGUGGCUGUCGGCAAACUGUACCGUGAUUGGGAUCAUGUAAAAGACGAAAGAUUCGUGCAAAAGUCUAAUAUUAGUAAGAUAGCAGUACCAAAACUAUAUCGUGGUAUAGAAUUAGACUAUCACCAUGACAUCGCAGUGGUUGUGGUGACAAAGCCGUUUGAAUACAAGUUGCAUGUCAGCCCUGUAUGCUUAGACUUCAGGCCUGACUUCAAUAAUGAACAGCUGCAGAGCGGACAGCUGGGAAAGGCGGCUGGUUGGGGUUUAACAACAAAAUACAGAGGCUCUGAGUCCCAGGAGUUGAAAGUGAUUGAAUUGCCUUACGAGGAUCUGGAUAGAUGUAUCAAUUUGACAUCACGACAGCUCAAACAUUAUGUGGUGUAUGACAAGAUAUGUGCUGGAUCGUUGGAUGGGGAGGCUUUAUGUAGGGGCGACAGUGGUGGUGGACUCGCCUUCCUUUCUGAGGUGUCCGGUGUAUCACGCUAUUACCUUCGCGGUAUCGCCUCAACCAGCCCUUUGUUAAGUAACGACAUAUCUUGCAAUGUCGACUCUUUAACAAGUUUUACAGCUAUUAUAAAGUAUGAAGAUUUCAUAAAAUUAUAUUUAUAAGCAUAAUCUUAAGUUUUAUGCGUAUUUUAUAUAAGUAUUUUGAUUAUUAAUAUUAUAUAAAUAUCAAUUUCCUCUAUAAAUAGUAGUUAUUAUUUAGGUAUUUAGUUCUAUAUAUAUCAUCAGCUCACUAUACGUCCCCACUGAGGGGCUCAUAACCUACCCUAAGUUA